GUUGGCAGCGAACUUAGAACAGGUAGAGACGCACGUUCCGCCUGGAAAAUCGGUACAGAAACGGAACAGGCUAGAACGGAACAUAUAUUGCCCCAAACUCCCCGGACACACCGUAUUGGGAAAGCCGAACACUUCUUUUUUUUUGUUGGUUUGGGGUUCGGAAAACGUGCGUCGACGUCGACAGCGACUGAAAGACGGCGACUGAAACGGCGACGAUGUAAAAUUUUAUUACCCCAAACGCAUCGAGCAGUCGGGUUUUGGACGUCCGGACUUCACCGCCGCUCGCUGCGACGCAGACUUUUAUUGCAGCUGCCAUAUAGAGUGGGUACAUUCCAUGGUCUGGCCCGGAGAUCCCAAAAACUUUCUGAAGACGGACACAAACUUUUACCAGAGUGUGGCAUAAAAGUGCAAAAGUUUUUGUUCGCAGCGCCACGAACUAAAAGCAAAACUUCCUAGCCGCCGCGCAAAACCCCCUUCACAAAAAAAAGUAAAACCCAGUGCAAUGCAAACAAAAGCCCACGAAUAUAAUAAACAAAUACUAAAAAAGUGCAUGCUCUAAUUGACAUCAAGUAUACGCCCCGUUAGCCGGCUUCAGUUUACGAAAACAUUAAACCUUAAACAUUUUUCGAAGACAUCACCGCCGUCGCGUUGACAAAAACGGAGCCAAAGAGCCGGAAAAACGGAAUAGCCACCGGGAAGAUGGCGCUUUCCAAGCGGCCCCUUACAAAGGACACGCCGUUGUCCGAAAGCAACGGCAACCACGCCAAUGGCAAUGAUCACGAGACCUCCAUCAAGCGGCGCAAACGUUGCAGUCGCGACGAGGACUCCAACCUGAUCAACAACAACAAUAAUAACAGCAAUAGCAACAACAACAACUUGCCGCAGAAGAAACGCAAACAGACCGGUCAGGGCCACAUUGCAGACAGUCCGGAGAGCCCCACCUGCGGCUCCCUGCCCACGCCACUGGCCAAAAGCAACACGGAUGCGGACCAGGACGAUGAGACCCUCAUCCGCGAAACACAGGCGGCGCUGAAAAGCCUCUCGGGCAGUUGGCCCGACUCAAGGGGGAAUUUGUAUCGGCUGCAGGAACAGGACGAGAAUCCACCGCCCUUCCAGAAUCUGUUCGAGGAGAAGCAAAAGUAUGAGGCCAUCGGCAAUCCCAGCCAUGCCGUGCAAGCCAGCUCAACAAAUCCAAAUCCCACACUCUUCUCACGUUUCCACAGACAAAAAGAGAACGACCAGGCACGCUUAAAUGCAGCCAGUGGUGGUAGUGUCGUUCAUCUGGAGGCACAGGCACGCGGCAAAAAGUCGCCCGAUGAGGAUCAGGAUCCGGAGGAACUGGAGGAUACCUCCUCCUCCGCCUCUGGACAAGGCGUUUACGCCCAAGCGGCGUCGGCCUUCAAGCCGCCCAUCGAUAUCAUCAAACGGAAUUAUGUGGCCGCCGCACAUGCCCAUUAUAGUGCCUAUAAUGCGGCCGCUGCAGCGGAAUCGGCCGGAUUGGCCUACUAUGGCUACGCCGCUGCCGCCGCCGCUAGUCAACAGCAACAGCAGCAGCAACAACAACAUCAGCAGCAGCAACAACAACUAAGUACCGCCUUCGAUAUUGCCAGUCAGCUGGGCGAGAAGCAGCUGCCCAAGGAACCGAUGGCCGAUGGCAAGCAGUACACGAUCCUCCAGCCGGCGGGCAUCGGCAGUCGGGCUGCUUCUGUAAUGCAGGACAUUGCAUCGCGUGAGGGCGUUGUGGGCGUUCCGCUCGUGGCAACGCCACCAUCAACGGCGGCAGGCAGUCCGGCGGCGGCGGUACCAACUGCAGGACCGUCGACUCCUUCGACACCGGCACCUAGUUAUUCGCCGGGCAGCCAAAAUCGCGAUGGCGUCAAAUGCCCCACGCCGCAUUGUACGGGCCAAGGACAUGUCACCGGAUUGUAUUCGCACCAUCGCAGUUUGUCGGGUUGUCCGAAGCGCGAUAAAGUAACCACAGAAUUGCUGGCUUUGCACGAGCAGAUCCUGAAAUGCCCCACGCCCGGGUGCAAUGGUCGUGGCCACGUGCAGCCGCAUCGCAGCGUGCACCGCAGCCUCUCCGGCUGUCCGCGGGCGGUAAGGCGCUCGGGCGGAACCAGCCGCCGUCCGGGAGCAGCUCCACUAGCAGCAGCAGCAGCCGAUCUGGACAAACAUGAGAAGGAGCUGCAUCCACUGGACAAACUGAAGCUGGCCUCCAAUCACUAUCUGAACAAUAAUAACAGCAACUGCAUCAACAAUAACAGCACAAAACUGAGCGGCUCCACAACGAUGCCGAUUAUCAAAUCGGAAUAUAGUCCUGUUGCCAGCAUAAAAUCGGAGUAUAACAAGAGCCCCAUGCACUCAUAUCUCUCGGGGGAAGCGGCCGCGUCCGCCCCCGCCGCCCCUUCAUCAGCGUCCGCCGCCCAAGCGCCGCGUUCCGGAUCGGCAAGCGGUACAGCAGCUUCCAAUGGAGAGAACAACCUGCAUUCACCGCAUCUGAGUCGCUUUGUGGGUCUCCAGAGUCCGCCACAUCAGCCACAUCUCAAUCCUCAUGGGCAUCACCAGCAGCAACAGCAACAACAGCAACAGCAGCAGCAGCAACAGCAGCAGCAACAGCAACAUACGUUGCACCAGCAGAGAGGACCCUUCAUAGAGGGCAACGAUGUCCCCGAUCCUUCAGCCAAUUAUCACUCGGAACACCAGCAACAGCAGCAGCAGCAACAACAGCAGCAGCAGCAGGCCGACGAGCGACAGCAGCAGUAUGAACAAAUGCGGUAUGCCCAAAGUCAUGUCAGCGUGGGUCCAAGCGGUGAAUUGAUGGCGCCCAACGGAGGAGAAUUAUCGCCGGGUACGGCGAGAAGCGCCUACGAAGCGCAUCCCGGGCAUCCGCAUCCGCAUCCCGGACAUCCACAUCCACAUCCGCCCGUUUCGCUGAGUUCCCUCAGCUCUCCAGCUUUUACGGUAGAUGCGGUGACGGCAGCCAGUGGAGCGGGCUUUGAGCGAUACGAUCCCAGCGGCGUAUGUUGUCCCAGCAACGGUCAAAGGGCCACCGCGGCAACAGCGGCGACGGCGGCGGGCGCUUCUGCGGCGGCGGCUGCCUAUCACUAUCUGCCCCAAACCACCGACGAGAUGCAGGCCCAACAGCAGAAGUAUCUGCAGGAGCAGCAACUGAUGCUGGCCAAGGCGGAGCACGAGGAGUUGGCCAACGGCGGACAGCCUCUAUAUCCGCGGCCCAUGUAUCACUAUGAUCCCACGAUGGGCCCUCUGCCGCCGGGCUUCUCGGCCAUUAAUCUGUCGGUUAAGAUGGCCGCUGCUCAGGCAGCAGCUGCAGCAGCAGCCUAUCAAAAUCAACAACAACAACAGCAGCAGCAACAGCAGCAGCAGCAGCAGCAACACCACCAGCAACAGCAGCAACAACAGCAGCAGCAACAGCAGCACGGCAAACAGAGCAGCUCACCCGCACCCAAUGUGAGCGGUGUGCCGGCGGUGGAUCUCAGUGGUUCCACCUCGGUGACGAGCAGCAGUCCGCACGGUUUCAAUUCGCCAGCCUCACACAACCAGUAUACCGCCCAGCGGAUGGGCAACGGCAGUCCGCAGCCUGGAGCUAGUCCAAACAUAGCUAGUCCUCAGGUGCCCAGUCCCCAAGGACAGACCUUGGACCUCAGCGUCACCCGAUUACCCCACAGCAUUAUUACAAGCCCGCAGUACGGCGCCGAUGGCCUGGUGGUGGGUCAUGCUCAGGGCUUUGUAAGUGGAGCGACAGGACCUCUCGGUCCGGGCAAUGGUGGACCACCACGAUCGCCACAAAUGGAACCAGUGGACUUCAGCGGACCUCCAAGACCCUUGGGCUUUGGUCUGGUUGGACACAUCAGCGGUCCGCGACCGUACAGCCGCGAAUCCACGCCAGACAGCGGCGGAUCUCACUACAUCGAAACGUAUCGGGAUCCCAGUGGUUACUCACCGCACCCUGGCUAUGGGAUGGUGGUGCAAUCGGACUAUCCGCCUGCUGGAUACCACGGCUACGGUCCGGCUGCCUAUCAAUGCAGUAAUCCGUACGCCACAGCCGUGGGACCCGGUGGCUAUCCCACGCCCGUUUCCGGCGGAUACUCGCCCAGUCCGGCCACCUGCUACUCGAUGCCACCGCCACAACACAUCCCGCAGCACGACAAGUCCAAGGACGGAUUGACGGGCUGCUCGCGCUCGGACCGCAACCAUCUACAGUCGCACUCGCAGGAGCUCAAGUGCCCCACCCCGGGAUGCGAUGGCUCCGGACACGUGACGGGCAACUACUCCUCACACCGCAGCCUCUCCGGCUGUCCAAGGGCUAACAAACCGAAGAGCAAGCCCCGCGAUGGCCAGGAUUCGGAACCCCUGCGUUGUCCCAUUCCGGGAUGCGAUGGAUCCGGCCAUUCCACCGGCAAGUUCCUCUCCCACAGAAGUGCUUCGGGCUGUCCGAUUGCCAAUCGGAACAAGAUGCGAGUCCUGGAAGCCGGUGGCACUGUGGAGCAGCACAAGGCUGCUGUGGCUGCUGCCACGGCCAUGAAGUUCGAUGCCUGCACCACGGUGGGAAGCCAGGGCAUUAAAAAGCCCAAGUUCGAUGAGGUCACCAUGGUCUAUCCAAAGGGUUAUACAGGCGGCAGCGGACUGGACAUCGUCAUGGGCGGCGUGGGAAGCAGUGUCGGAGUGGGACUGGGUCUCAAUGUGGGCAUCGGGGUCACCAGCAGCAGUAGCAGCAGCAGCGCCGUUGGAAAUAACAAUACCAGCGGCAAUAGCAACACCGGCGGAACCGAGAAGAAUCCAUCUGGUGGGGGUAACUCAUCGGGCGCCAAUGGCAGCGAUGAUCUCAACACGCUGGAGGCCGAGAUUUCGGAGCUUCAGCGGGAGAAUGCACGCGUAGAAUCGCAAAUGAUGCGACUUAAGUCGGACAUCAAUGCCAUGGAGUCGCAGCUGAGCACCAGCGAUCGGGAGGCUUCUCCAUUGAGCGGUCAACAGCGUUCCUCGGUGGCUUUGGCCUCGCCCAGCGGGCAAUCGCCAUUCGCCAGUGUCAGUUCCACCAGUGGUGCCAGCUCCUCGGUCAGUGGCGCCACCACCAACAGCAGCAACAAUAACAGCAACUCUGGCGGUGGCACCACCAAUGCCAACGAUCUGAACCACUCGAUCAGCAAUUUGGCACCCAGUUCAGGCAGCAAUCCCAACCAGCCUAUUGAGGGCGUGGGAGCACCACCCAAUGCCAAUCUGAACAACUAUUAUGAGAGCCUAAGGAAUAAUGUGAUCACGUUGCUGGAGCACGUGCGUCUGCCACCACCACCUCCACCGCCUGGUGCGGUCACGCCCAGUUCGUCGGCAUCAUCGGUGGUUCAUGGACUUGAUAAUGUGUGUGGUGCCGGUGGGCAGUUGGUGGCCGGGGGAUCGCUGGUGGGUGGAGAGCAUGCGACAGCGUACUCCACACUUCUGCCGCCGCCACCGCCACCGUCGUCAGGCGGUGCCGCUACCGGGGGUGGAAUGUACGGUGGUGGUGCUAAUGGAGCUACUGGUCUCCAUCAGGGCUCCAUCACUGGCUCCAGCAAUGGUGUAGGAGGAAUAGGAUCUAGCGGAGCCGUUGGACCGCCCCCAGUGCCACCGCAUCAUCAUCCCUACACGGUGCAUCAUCCCGUUAGCUACGCCCAUCCACAUGGUCAUCCGCAUGCACAUCCACAUCCGCACGAGCACUUCGACUCGUAUAUCUCAAAACUGCAGUCGCUAUGCGUGCCCCCCGAUGUUUAUGCCCUGCCCGAAGAUGCGGACCGGCCCGUCUACAACUCAGUGAAGCCCACCAUGCACCAGGACUACGGCAAACUGAUGCCGACUCCCAUCUAAGAACUCUGAGAAUCAAAAGCCCAGUACAGGUGACCCCAACAUAGAGCCACAUCCCGUCCAGGGCUCAAACACGUGUAAAUACUUAGGCACAAGCAGUGAAAAGUAGGAAGUAAGUGGGAAGUAAAAACUGACGUUAUCCAUAGGCCUGACUUCAAGGCACACUAUACAAAUUAAAAGUGGAACAUAGUGUCGGGGUCACCCGUACGUACUCGAUGCCCCAUUAGUAGAUACAUAAAGCUAGUUUUUAGGGAUAGAAACCUAACCAUUUAGUUGGUUGGGACAAUGCUAGUUCCAGUCUUAGUAAUUAGAACUGUUCCACAUCCUAGAUCCUAGACGCUUUCGUCGUGUGUUGAUAGCAAUGAUGUAUAAAAUAAAAACAAGAAUGCAAAAACGAACUUAAGUGUGUAAUUCGAUUAUAAAUUGAAAUUUUUUUUUCUGUAUCAAAUACUACAACUAGAAGUUAAAGAAAUCGGUAUAUUAUAUAUAUAAUUAUAUGAAAUAACAAACCCCAAAUAUAUGUUUAAAUCUAGGGCAUUUGUUUGCUGUUGAUGUCUGGUCAAUUUUUUGCAAGAUGUUCGUCACUACCCAAUAGACCCUACCCAAGUUCCACGUAGUGCCCCUCUAGCCCAUAUCCGCGCAGGCUAAGUUAAGUUUAGUGGCAAAGUCGAACACCAAAGUGGAAAACGCAGUAAAAUACAACAUAUAAACGUGCAAAUAUAAUCAGUACUAAACUUAGUAGAUGUAAUCGAACGAUUUUUUUUUGUUUUUUUUUUGUGUAACUGUAAUAUUAAAAUGUAAUAGAAAUGUCAAGCGAAUAUCUAAAACUAUAAUGGGUAAGUGUGUGAAAGGAAGUGAGAUCGUUGAAUUGCAAGGCGGCAAUAUCUACAUAAAAUCGGGAAAGAAAACAUAUGCAGAUUAUAUCAGUAUGUGUGUACAUGUAUAUGUCUGCUUUUCUGUAGAAUCGUAAGUUUUAAUGUUACCCCUUACGAAAUCGGACAAGAGGCAUUAACAAAGACCCCUAAGAAAAUUGAACGGAUAAAUAGAUUAAAAUUCAGUGCAAUACGUUCAACCAAAUGAAAGCAACGCUAAAAACCAAAAUCGUAAUUUACUAAUUGUGUAAGCUUAAGUAAACCAAGUAGUUGAACAAAAAGUCACGUUUUUUUUUGUAUCGUCAUACGUCUAAUCUUAAACUUAACUUUAACUAAAUAAAAAAUAAAGUGUAGAUCGGAGAAGAAAUCCCCAGGCCGCAAGGUAAUUUAGACGAAUUUUAAAAAAAUAAAAACCAAAUGGAAAAAGUUUAAAACACAAAAAACAAACGGCACGAAGCAAAUGUCGAAAAAGUAUGAAAAUAAAUAGCAGGCUUAACUAAAAUCAUUGUAUUAAACGAAGUAAUACAUUACGAUGAUUAAUAUAAUUACACUAAACUAAAUAUAAAACAAAAAUAUAUAUAUAAUAUAAUAUUGUAUUGUAUGACAAGAAAAAAUUCUGUAAUUUACAAGCGAAAAAUAUUUUAUGUGAUCAUUGUCUUUUUUUUUAAUAUUACAAGAAAUAAAUAAUUCGAAUACCAAAUAAAGGAUAUACACAAUAACGAA